AUGAACCUUGUUGCUGACCAAACAGGCGAUAUAACACUUCAUACCGAUAACGCCCUGGUUAUAGAUCUGCAAGGAUCUGUGACUAUUACUAGAGAACCAACCAAUGUCGAUAGUCCUAUUAUGGUGGCUACUUCUACAAAGGACGAUAUCGAGGUCACAAACGACGAGCAGAGCCAAGGCCGAGCCGGAGAUCGCACAUCUGCAGGGCCGCGCCUCGAACUCACUGAGGCAAAAGCAGACCUACGACGACCUACCGGCGAUUGGAGCAUCUACAGCUUCUAUGCCCAUGCUACUGGCCGAUAUAACACAUCUGUCUUUUUGUGCCUUUGCUUGUGUUGCGCGUUCUGCUAUCAGUUCUCGACCGUUUGGAUCCAGUGGUGGUCAGAUGCCACCAACUCUAUGGGUAGAAAGUCGAACGGAUUCUACCUAGCCAUAAAGCUUCACCUGAUGGUCCUCACAAUUGUUUUCAACGCCCAUGUGUCCUACUUUUUCACCAUCGACGACGGCAUCACAUUGAACCGAUUCAACCAGGAUAUGCAGCUUGCAGACUACACCUUACUACUAGCUGUUGUCACCACCAACCGCAAAUUAUAUGGCUGCGGCGAUACCCUUCUGUCUGGUAGUGAUAUACUUCAGCGCUUCUACCUCCAAACAUCACGUCAGCUUCGUUUACUGGACAUUGAAGCAAAGGCGCCGUUGUACACCAAAUUCAAGGAGACAAUUCUGGGCAUGAAUACGAUACGUGCCUAUGGCGGAGAGUUCGGCUCUUUCCUCAAGGAAAAACAUGUAAAGGUCCUGGAUGAUUCACAACAGCCUAUCUACCUCUUGUAUACGGUCCAGAGAUGGUUAUCUCUAGUACUUGAUCUCGUGGUUGCCUGUCUAGCCACGCUUCUUAUCGUUGUGGCGGUUCAGACAAGAUCCGGAACUUCAGGUUCUGACAUGGGUGUGGCUUUAGUGAACCUGACGUCUUUCAACCAAUAUCUCACCAUGCUGAUCCGUUGCUGGGCUUCGAUGGAAACGUCGCUGGGCGCUAUCGCUCGAAUCAAGGACUUUUCUCACGAAACGCCUGUCGCCAACGGCUGCGGCCAUGAGUCCCAUCCAGACUAUGAAGGCGAUCAGAGCAUUGUAUUUGAAGACGUCCCUGUCGUGUAUAGGAAGCCUCAGCCAUCGCUCGAAAGCGCCGAAGACAGCUCACAAGACACGAGUGAUCUGAACAUCAAUCAUCGAGCGCUUGACUCUAUCAAUCUAACGAUACGACCUGGCACGAAGCUGGCCAUAACUGGGCGUUCUGGAAGCGGAAAAUCAACGCUGGUCUCGAGUCUUUUCCGCAUACUACCAUUGUCCUCCGGGAAAAUAUCCAUCGGAGGCAUGGACAUUGCACAGGUUGAUCAGCAGGUGAUCCAAGACCGCCUCAAUGCAAUCACGCAAAACAACUUCUUCCUUUCGGGAAUUUCCUUGAGAGAGAAUCUUGAUCCAUGGGGAUCAUCUGGCGAAGAAGGUGAAGGCUCCGCGAUGGCGAUGGCAGAGGUCAUGAGGGAUGUUCUGGAUAGCUUGCAAAUUUGGUCGCUGGUGGAAGAACGCGGUGGGCUAGAAGGUAUGUUUUUCCAAGGCUCAUGGUCUGCUGGCCAGUUACAGCUACUUAGUGUGGCUCGUGCUAUUGUCAAGAAAAGGCGGACCCAGUCCCAUCCGGGCUCAGGUUGGAAGAUAGUUGUUCUGGAUGAGGUUACAAGCAGUCUUGACGAAGAUUCAGCUCGAGUGGUACGUGGUCGUAUCAAGGUUGAGUUCGAGGACCAUACUAUUUUAUCUAUUGUUCCCAAGUUUGAUGGCGUAAUCGAGGAUAUGAACGAGAUGGUUGUCAUGGAUCAAGGAAGGGUUACACGGCGUGUGUACUGCAGUCUUGGAGACGACAUCCUAGGAGCUGUCGUCUAG